UCAUUAUUUUAGUAAAAAUUUUUUAAAGUAAAAAAUGAAAAAAGAAUCAAAAGAAGACAAAGCCCUUUUGCAGAUUCGAAUCGAAACUCUAAAAACUAUGAUUGGAAAAAUGAAAGAAAAUCAAUUUGGAAUAAAGACUAGCCUACCAGUUAAACCAGGAUAUCAAGUUAUUCAACCAUCAGCUCAUGUUUUAAACUCAAAAUUAAUGAACAAUUCUAAUUUUAAAACAAACUUUGUAAAAACAUCUUUAGGAGAUUUUCACAACGAAACAAUAAACAAUAUAAAUUUAAAAACAUAUCCAGUUGAUAAGUAUAAAUGGGUAAAAAAAAACAAUUAUGAAAAGAAAAUUGAUAUAAACAGGAAUACAUCAAAUAUAAAUAAUGUAAUUAAAUCCUGUAUACCAGUUACCAGUAGAAAUAACUUGAAGUUUUACAGUGAAAGGAAUCGCAUAAUAAAUAAAAAUAAUAAUACUUCUUCUGACAGCCUUUCUUUAACAUCUAGAUUGCCAUCUUCCAAAUCAUUUAUAACAGAGAAUUCAAAAUGUAGUGAUGUAGCCAAUAUUCAAGUUAAAAAAGUAUGCAAUGUUGAUUUGAAAAAUUACAAUGAAUCAAGUCAGAAUGCAGCUGAGAAAAUAAUACCACCUAAAGUUGUAUGGGUGCGAACUACAGCAAAAAAACCUAUGAGGACUCAUUCUUUAAACUAUCAAACACACUUACCAAUUCAGAGUAAACCAUAUAAAAAUACAUACCGAAACGAAAAUCAAAUUAAAAAACAGAGUCACCAUCUCUUGUCAAAAUAUAAGUUUGUAAGAAAUAAACAACUUGUUCCUUCAGUAAGUAAUUUUAUGACUCAUAGCAUGCUGAGAAGGAUUAAUGAAAAAAAAUUUAUUUGGAGGCGAAGAAGUUUAGAAAUUAAAGAGAAAAGUAUUAUUAAACGUGGAAGAAAUACUUUUAUAGUAAAACGGUUUCAAGCUGUUCAAAGAAGUAGAGAUGCAGAUUUGUACAGAUUAAAUUCAUCUCAGCUCAGCAAAAAUACUAACAUUCAAUUAAAAAGUAAAGAAGUUAUCUUGACUCGACAUGGAUACAACUUUAAGUUAGCUUCCAAUCUGAAAUCUCUUAAGAGAGUAAAUUUUACAACUGCUGGCCAUUCUCACCCAGGUGGUCAAUUAACUGUAAAACUGCAACCACCCUUUCAUAAAAGAUUAACACUUCAAAAGACAUCAAAGUUAUACUUAGCAAGCUGUGUUCUUAAAAAAACCAUCAACAGAGUGCAAUGUCAAAAAAAAGGGCAGCGAAAUUACUGUUUAUUUUACUCCAGAUUUGGCAAAUGUAAACGAGGGGAAAAUUGUCAUUAUAUACAUGAUCCUGAAAAGGUUGCUGUGUGUACAAGAUUUUUAAGAGGAACAUGCAAAGAUAAAAACUGUAUUUUUUCACACAAGUUUGAUCCUAACAAGAUGCCAGUGUGCUCAUAUUUUCUUCUGGGUCAAUGCACGCGUGACAAAUGCCCAUAUAGACAUGUCAACGUCAGUAGCUCAGCUCCCAUUUGUGAGGCAUUUGUCAAAGGGUUUUGUCCAAAUGGUGAAAAGUGUACAAAAAAACAUACAUUGGAAUGUGAAGAGUUUUUGCGUAGUGGCAUUUGUAGCAAAAGAAAGUCAUGUAGAUUAGUACAUCGCAUCAAAAUUAAAAGAGGUCGAACUGUAUCUGUAUCUGGACUUCGUCGACCUCAGGCAUUCAUAAAAAAUAAAUCAAGUGAAAGACUUGGCGGAGUUCUUUCUCCAUUAAAAGAUAGCGGUCGAGCGCAUCUACUUCCAAGCUUUUUAAAUCUCAAGAGUGAUUCGAUUGGUUCAAUAAAUAAAGCGAGUUCGUCUUCCUUAAAAAGUCUAUUUGCGCCAGAUGCCACUGUGGUUCCAUUGAAUAGUUAUACUGACGACGCUACAAUAUUAAGUAACGCUGACGUUGAUAACCAACAAGUCGCAGAAAUAUCGGCAAAAGACCAUAUUGAGUUUAUUCCAUUAAAAUGCUCAUUUUCAGACGAAUCUGAUGAUGAAAGUGAAAAUGAACCUCGAUAUACAAAGCAGUUUUCUUUUAAAGAACAAGAUUUUAUUUCAUUGGAAUGAGGUCUGUAUAAAUAAUUCUUUUCUUUAACAUUUCUAAAAAGAAUAAUUUUGACCUAGUUAAC